AUGAAGUUCGCCAUUACUUUCGCCCUGGCAGGUCUGCUGACCACUGCCGCUGCUCAAGGCUUGGGUGAUCUACCCGACUGCUCGAAAUCCUGUGCUACAGGUUCAAUCCCCGAGAGCUGCGGCAUUGAUUUCAAAUGCAUUUGCGAGUCCAAGUCCUUCCUGGGAGAUGUCGCCUGCUGCGUCGCUGAUAAAUGCUCCAAGGCGGACCAGGAGACAACCAUCAAGGUCGCCAAGUCAAUCUGUGCCCGGGGUGGUGUGACCGAUUUACCCACCGAGGUUGUCUGCUCGAGCAGCAAGUCGAGCUCCAGCUCUGGCACCAGUACCAGCACCAGCACCAGCACUAGCUCCAACUCCACCGAGACUGGAACCAAGUCUAGCACUGAGACCUCGGAGUCGACUGGUCUGACGAGCACCAACACUUCUACCAGGACCUCGGACAGUGCCUCCACUGCUUCGUCCGCCUCUGCUGCGGCGACUAGCACUGGCGUUGCUGCGAUUAGCCACAGAGAUUCUUCGCUCGUGGCUGCUGCUGGUGCUGCGGCUGCCUUCGCCAUUCUGAUCUAG